UGGAGCGCGGGGACAGCUCACCUGGACUGGCGACAUGGAGGACGGCGUGCUCAAGGAAGGCUUCCUCGUCAAGAGGGGCCACAUUGUCCACAACUGGAAGGCACGAUGGUUCAUCCUUCGGCAGAACACGCUCCUGUAUUACAAGCUAGAGGGUGGCCGGCGAGUAACCCCGCCCAAGGGGAGGAUCGUCCUGGAUGGCUGCACCAUCACCUGCCCCUGCCUGGAGUAUGAAAACCGGCCGCUCCUCAUUAAACUGAAGACCCGAACUUCCACUGAGUACUUCCUGGAAGCCUGUUCUCGAGAGGAGAGAGACUCCUGGGCCUUUGAGAUAACAGGGGCUAUCCAUGCAGGGCAGCCAGGGAAGAUCCAACAACUCCAUAUACUGAAGAACUCUUUCAAGUUGCCCCCGCACAUCAGCCUGCAUCGAAUUGUGGACAAGAUGCAUGACACCAGCAGUGGAAUCCGGCCAAGCCCCAACAUGGAGCAAGGAAGCACCUACAAAAAGACCUUUCUGGGCUCCUCCCUGGUGGACUGGCUCAUCUCCAGCAACUUUGCAGCCAGCCGUCUGGAGGCAGUGACCCUGGCCUCCAUGCUUAUGGAAGAGAACUUUCUCAGGCCAGUAGGGGUCCGGAGCAUGGGAGCUAUUCGCUCUGGCGAUCUGGCUGAGCAGUUUCUGGAUGACUCCACAGCCCUGUAUACUUUUGCUGAAAGCUACAAGAAGAAGGUAAGCCCCAAGGAGGAGAUCAGUCUUAGCACCAUGGAGUUAAGUGGCACAGUGGUCAAACAAGGCUACCUAUCCAAGCAGGGGCACAAGAGGAAAAACUGGAAGGUGCGCAGAUUUGUUCUGAGGAAGGACCCAGCGUUCCUGCACUACUAUGACCCUUCCAAAGAAGAGAACAGGCCAGUAGGUGGGUUUUCUCUUCGUGGUUCCCUUGUGUCUGCUCUGGAGGAUAAUGGUGUUCCUACUGGAGUUAAAGGGAAUGUCCAAGGAAAUCUCUUCAAAGUGAUUACAAAGGAUGACACACACUAUUACAUCCAGGCCAGCAGCAAGGCUGAGCGAGCAGAAUGGAUUGAAGCUAUCAAGAAGCUAACGUGAUCUAAAGGAGCAGGACCAGGGUUCUCAUCAUUGGAUACAGAUAAAGACUUCCUGGAGAACUGGAGUACAAGAUACCGGGCUGGGGAUGUGGCUCAGUGGUGGAGGACCUGAGUUCAAUUCUUGGUACUGUUAAAAAAAAAAAAAAAAAAAAAAAGACUUUAUCAUUGUAAAUGUUGCACAGCUUUGCAGUGAGACUGCCCAAAGUGGCUCCUCAGAUGACAGCGGGGAUGCGAUUUCCUUCUGCCUUCCUAUGACCAACUUUAAAAGAUGGACCAGCUGUUAGGUGGACAGCAUCUUGACUUUGCUCUUCAGGACAGAAAUCUGUGCCUUUGGGGACAAUAGUACCUCUUUCUCUGUUGGAACACUAACUCCGGUUUUGCUGUAUUAAAUACUCUAGUCUCAAGACUCUCUCAACUGAUUUCAACAACUCAGUAUCUCCGGGAUUAAUAAAGAAUGACAUCAGUCUCU